GUUUAUACUCGUAUCUUAAAGAAACCUUGGGAGUACUUUGUUGGAGAGAUAUUGUAGAUAUGUUAUGGUCAAUAUCCGUAGGCCUUAAAUAUAUUCAUGAACAUGAUCUUGUUCAUGGACAUUUACACGGUGGGAAUAUAUUAGUCGAAAGUGAUGUGAAUUCGGUUGAUACUAAAAUCACGGAUACUGGAUUACACGGACCCGUCGAUAAACAAUUAUCUCCAAAACAAAUUUACGGUGUAAUUCCUUUUGUUGCACCAGAGAUUUUUAAUGGAAAUACGCCAACUAAAGAAUCCGAUAUCUAUAGCUUUGGAAUGGUCAUGUGGAUGUUAUCAGCUGGUGUGCGUCCUUAUUAUGAUAGACCUCAUAAUAAACAACUAAUUCAGGAAAUCUGUUUAGGAUUAAGACCAAGCGUCGUAAAUGGAACUCCACCUGUUUUCUCCAGUUUAAUGUUACAAUGUUUAGAUGCAAAUCCAUCAAAUAGACCAACAGCGUCUCAGCUUGACGAAUGUUUA